AUGAAGACCCUCCUGGGUUCUCAAGCCCCCCUUUGCGGGUCUUUCGUGCUCCAACAAGCCCCGUCCCCCGGCCGCACCAAAUACGAAGCGGCGGCGGGCCCCCGCUGCUCCGCAGCAGCUCCUCGGGCGCGCUGCUCUUGCUUAUGGGGCCUGCAUGACCCCCUUCUUCGCCCGCUUCUGCGGAGCCCCCGAGCAUCCUCCUCUGCCAUAGCACCCCUCUCGGGAACGGCCGACGACGACACCAUAGGCGGAGACGGGGUUGGGAAGCCCGGGGACAAGCCGCCAGGCGCCGACAGCGACUUCGACAGCGACGAAACGGGCGGUGUAGGUACAGCAACGGGUAGGGCGGCGGUGUCGACCGAUGUGGCCACGGAGACGCGGCGCCUCAUGUCGGUACCGACGAUCGACAUCAAGCUCGAGCUGCAGAUGCGGGGCGUGGAGCACCGGGAUGCGUUCGAGAAGGCGGACCUCGCCAGGCGCCUCGCCGAGGCCCGCGUUUCUUGUUGCGGCAACAACCCUUCCCCUUCCCAUGAUGACGAUGAUGCCAGUACUGCUACUACCAAAGCGGCAGGACGCAACUUAGGCGGUGCCGCCGCGCACGGGCCGAGAGAGAGCGCGCAUCGAAGCAACAAGGCAUCAACGACGACGGGAAACGAACCACAAGCAGCGGCGGCAACGGCGGUACCCACAGAAGGCAGGGGGGCUGCAUCGGAUGGUUGUAGUAGUAGCGCGUACGCCCGCGACGUGGCGAGGGGGACGCGCAUGGGGAAGGCCGCCCUGGCGCGGGAGCUGAACGGGAUGGGGAUCGCGCACUCGCGUCUGUCAGACGUGUCCGUCCUGGCUCGCCAGUACGCCGCCAGGCGGCAGGAGGCGCGGGAGGACGCGCGUCGAUUUCCACCCAGCUCUGCACUGGACGGCAGCAUCUCGUCCGCGGAGGAGGACGGCGAGGGCGGUGGUGAAGGGCGGCAAGAGGACAAGAAGGGCUCGGGUCGGCGGCGCGGGGGCGGGGAGAAGGAGGACGGGGAUGAUGUCAGCGACGACGGCGGGUCCGAGACGGGCUGGUCGACUCGCGCCAACGCUGGGAGCGCCGCCACUGCCGGCGGCGGCGGCGGUGGCGGCGGCGGCGACAUGGAGCGGAGCAGGAAGGCAGCCCUCCACGCCAGGGCCGACCGCCUGAGCUCCCGCGAGCUCAUGAAGGCCCUGGACGCGCUGGGCGCACAGUACAGGAUCCCGGCGCCGCGGGCGGAGCUCCAGCAGGCGUUCGUGUCCGCGGUGUUGGCGGCGGAGGAGGACGAGCGCAGCCAGGCCGACGCUACGGCGGCGGCGUCGGGGUCAAGAGGGGAGAAUAUAGUCCCGGUCAGCCCGUACGAUGCGCCGCUCGAGGAAGGCGACGGGGGGCUCCGCGGUACGCAGGGGUUCGGCACGUACCACUCCGCUCUCCGGUGGGCGCGGCAGCUGAACUUCGACGACGUGCUGGACGAGCUGAAGUACAGGGGGGUGGAGCACAGCCCUAGGGCCGACUACAGCUACUUGACUCGGCUGCUGGCGGACGAGGUGCUGGCCGACGAGGAGCUUAUGGGAGGGGAAGGUGGACCCGAAGGAGCAGACGCGUACACGGCGGAGUUAGAGGCGGCCAUGUCCAUGAGCGCCCAGGAGAUGAUCCGUGACCUUCGCGCUGGCGGAGAGAUUGCCGACGUUACCCUUAGCAAGGAAGCGCUCGCCGAGAGGCUGGCCGAGAUGAAGCUGCGUCUCCGCGGGGAGCCGCUACCCCACAGCGGAAGCAGCGCCGCCUACUACUACCGCGAAAGCCCACCACCGCCGCAAGGCCGGGCACGCGGCGGCGGCGGCGGCGGCGGCGGCGGCAGCACGGAGGGUAGAGAACCGGCGGACCCGCUCGGCCGCCGUGACGGCGAUGGAGACGUGCUACUGGAGCUGGAGGAGGCGGCCAAGUCGGUCGGGGGCGCGGCCCUCCUGGUUGCCAGAGAAGCGGCGGCCUUCGUCUCCGAAACCGCGGCCGGCUUCUUCCCCCCACCCCCCGCCGACGACAACAACGGAGGUCGGAGCGCUUCGCCGUCGGCAGCGGGGAGAAGGGGGCAGGGAGCGGGGGGCGGCGGCGGCGGCGGCGGCGGGGGCGCGCAAGAGACGGAACGGUCGCGGCAGGUGCGAGCCGCAAGGGAGCGGGCCGGCGGAGUGCGGAGGGCCGCGACGGGGUAUGCCCAGAGCUCGGUCAACCGGGCCGGGUUCGCGGUCCUGCAGAGUCUGGCGAACGGCCUGCUGAGGGGCGCGGAGGCGGCGGCCGACUGGGCGGGGGACGGAGCGCUCGCCCGCGAGUACGUGCUGCUGUUCAUCGCGGCCUUCUGCCUGGUGUUCAAGAGGGGGGUGGGGGCGGCGGUUGCGCUGUUGGUGGUGAUUAGGUUCGGCCGCAUCGCCGCCCAGAAGCUGGUCUUGGAGGGGUGGAAGAUGGAGCGGGCGAAGAGAAGGCGCGCUACAGAAGGCGGCGGCGGCGGCGGCAGAAGUAGUACCGCUGCUGCGGUGGGUGGGGGCGGUGCGACCGCAUCGAGGCGAUUUACGUCAGGGUACACCGCUGCUCCCGCUGGCCGCCACCGCCGCCGCCGGCCUCGACCCCAGACGGAGACGGAGACGGAGACGAGGCGCCCUCGACCAAAGGACGCCAGAGAGAAGAAGGGGAAAGGACCGGGUUCGGCGCGUUCGAGAAGGACCAAGAAGCCCGCGAGAAAACCCCUGUGGGAAGAAUCGGACGACGACGACAGAGGCUGUGUGGUGAUGUGAUGUGGCGUGACGUCAUGCGACUACGCACACAAAUGCGCACACAGACGUUGGUUCUCUGAGUCGUUAGUUUGGAUGUGUUUGGGCUGUUUUGACCGGCGGGAUAUCGCGUCGGCCGGCGCCGGGCGAGGUGUUGCGUUGACCUGAGUGGGCGCACCUCGCGCCGUUAGGACCCAUGGAAGCGGACUCGGGUUGUUGUGAUUGGCAUCGAUUCGGGCUAUCAAUCGCUGCGCCAUGCAUGUACAGGAGAGGAUACAUACUUUGGAGUUGUGUGUCAGCGUGUGUGGCUUUGUUCGUUUACGCAUGUAGCAACAGCAGAUUCCUUUGCGAAUGGAUUUCGGCUUCGAGUUGGUGACGAGAAUUUGAAGUGUAAGAGGCACCCCCGUCGUCGUCUCUCUUGCACGCAACGAUCCGGGAAAAUCUGUCCCAAGUUCGUGCGUGACAUUUUCGCGAAAGAGGAAAUCGACCGUUGCUGCGGGAGAGAGGGCCCCGGCUUGUUGCGAUACUGCAGU